AUGGCAACACUAGGGCCUCAAGCCACACAGGCUAAAAAUGCUGUACCAGCCGAAAAGAGCCAGCAUGCGAAUCACUUCGGUCUCACCUCGCCAUGGGAGCACUACUACCAUCCUUCUGACACUGCUCCUCAAGGUCGAUUUGAAUGCGAACUAGACGAGAUGGUCGUUUUUGGUGAUAUUCCUAAGGAGAUUAGCGGUACCUGGUAUCGGAUGCUCAUCGAUCCUCAUUUCUGCCCGCAAGUGGGAAUUCCUUUUGUUGACGGGGAUGGCCAUGUCUGUGCCUUCCGUGUUGAGGAUGGCAAGAUCUCCAUGAAGAUCAAAUACAUACACACUGAAAGAUGGCUUCUGGAACGCAAGGCUGGUCGACGCCUUUUCGGUCGUUACCGAAACCCGUUCGACAUUCACCCGUGCGUGCGGUAUGCGAACGACAGCACCGGGAAUACCAACAUUAUCUACUGGGGUGGAAACCUCCUCGCGCUCGCGGAAAGGGGACUGCCGUGGGCCUUGGACCCAGAUACCCUUGAAACCAGAGGCGCCAAUCCGUACGGUGGUCAGGUCUCUGCGAUGACAUUUGCCGCUCAUCCCAAAGUUGAUCCCCACAAGAAUGAGUUGGUCACUUGGAGCUACUCUGCCAAAGGUCUCAGCACUUCGGACAUUUGCACCUACUCGAUCGAUCCCAACGGGCGUAUCUCCAAUGAGCACUGGUUCAAGCAGGACAAGCCCGGGUGGCCACACGAUGGCUGGAUCACCGAACAUUGGAUCAUCCUUUCAAACAUGCCAUUCGGUGUCAAUACGGAUGAGGUGAUGAAAGCAGGAGGCGACUACUGGAGGUUCAUUCCAGACCAACCCUCGGAAUUCCUGGUCACUCCACGUUAUGCGAACUCGCCCAACCAUCCAGACUGGAAGCCGGGCGAGUUUCGCAAGUAUACGGCUCCUCAUGGUCUUAUCAUCCACAGUGGCAACGCAUGGGAAGAAGAAGGUGGCAUUUUGAAGCUCGAAAGUCAUUUUGUCACCUUUAAUGUCUUUGACUUCUUCAACCCGAAAGACUAUGCGGGACCCAACGGCAAGCCUAGCGGUGAUUGGAAACGCUGGACCAUCGAUCUUGCAAAGCCUGAUGGUACGGCUCUACCACCGGCCGAGACACUGUUAGAGGGCAUCUUUGACUUUCCCAUCUUCGAUGAGCGCAAAACUGGCUUCAAGACUAAGAUCGUCUAUCUGACCGCUAUGAUCGCCCCAGACGGAGAGGACAGACCUCGUUUCAACGCAAUCAUCAAGUUGAAUACGGAGACUGGUGAGAAGUCAAUCUUCCAUGCAGCCAGGUACGGUAGUGUCGCAGAGCCGGCAUACAUCCCUCGAGGGCCGGACUCUGAGGAAGGUGAUGGUUGGGUCAUAUUCUAUAUGGAGAGGGAUUCGUCGCCCAAGGGAGAGUUAGUAAUCCUGGACACCAAUGACUUCUCGAAGCCAGUUGCUAUUGCACAGAUGCCUUUCCAGACACGCAACCAGGUCCAUGGGAAUUGGGUCCCGAAUCCCCAUCCUGAGAGGCCUCUGCCGAUGUUGACGGGUCCUAUCAAAGAUGUCAUGCCCAGCACCAAGUACUCUCAACUGAAUAGGUCUAUUUAG